GCAAGAGCCUUUUUUAUUUCCCGGUAAUAUGUCGGCGGAGCUUAGAAAAUGCAUCAAAAUCCGCCACAUUGUGAGGCUUCGACAGAUGUUGCAGCGGUGGAGGAACAAGGCUAGCAUGUCAGCCGGCCGCACCCCGUCCGAUGUGCCGGCGGGUCACGUGGCUGUCUGCGUCGGGACUAGUUGCAGGCGAUUCGUGGUGAGGGCGACGUACCUGAACCAUCCCGUCUUCAAGAAACUCCUUAUCCAAGCAGAGGAAGAAUACGAGUUCACCAACCAAGGCCCAUUGGCGAUCCCCUGCGACGAGUCGGUUUUCGAAGAAGUGAUCCGGUUCAUUUCCACGUCGGAGGCGGAUCGGUCUGCCGGGUUCGUGAACAUCGAUGACUUUAAACGGAAUUGCCACAUGGGAAUCAGAAGUAAGCUUGAUUUGACAACGGAAUCUCGACCGUUACUUCGUGGGUCCGCUGGUAAUUGAAGAUAUAGUGGAAAAAAUGGAAAAGCU